CUCGAGCUUUGACAGAAAGUGGGCGUUUGUUCAGAGUUCUCUUCGUGAAAACUCAAUUCCCAGUGACUUUCUCGUUAGGCAAAAUAGUCCUAAUUAUUUUCAUUUUUGUGAUCUAAAUGAACUCAAGAGGCACUUAUCACGAAGUCUGUACGUCGUCUGAACAUGGUGAUCCAAAUAGCUUGCCUCCUUCUUUUCUUUGUGUCCCUAUUGAAUUCUGCAGAGAUCCUACGUGAGUGUGAUACGGAUAUCGACUGUGGGUCAGGUUAUUAUUGUUUCCUGUCGUAUUGUGAACGAUGCAUUCCCUGCCAUACCCAAUUCAAUCGCCAGCCGGCGCGAUCGUUGACCGGCCAACCUAUUUGUGCCAAAUACGAAGAUGAUUGUGGAGUUUGCCUACCAGGAUAUCAAGCUAACGAUUUAACUCAUCAACGGCGAUCGAUGACAUGCUUCCCACUAAACGAAACGGUCUCGACAUCUACCGAUUUUUGGUGGACGGGAAUCGUAUGGAUAGCUUCUGUUCUUUUUUUGACAGUGGCUUUCAUCGUCUGCUUCGUAAAAUGUCGUCGUGUACCAGCUGUUUCCAACAACAAGGAUCCCGGAUUGCUGCCGUCUGCUCCGCCCCUCUACUCCCUAUACGAUGCAAAAUUCACUGACGAAACGGAUGGCCUAGUUGUGUCGGAACCUGUUAGAUCCCCCGAUCGGGUAGUUAUACAAGAAAACCAAGGACUUUGCAAUGAAGCUAUCCCAGCCGGUUACUACGACAUUUUCAACAAUCGUCUACAUGAUUCGGAUGUAGAACCGGAAGAAGGGGCUCCUGUUCCAAUUCACGUAGCCGUUGAUUCUGAAGUCGAUGACGAAUCUAAUCAAUCAACUGAGACUAUUCCGUCACCUUGGGAACCGACAUCUUCGAUGUCGGACAAUUCCAACAAUUUCUUUAGAAGUCAAUCGUUGGAAAGAGUGCCUCGACCGGCAUCUACAAGUCAACUAGUCCGUUUGCCAAGCGAUCCGGAGAUCCUUUUGAGCAGAAGAAGAAUAGCUUCUGCUGGUGAAAGCUAUAGUCAUCGUCACGUCCGCCUCAGCCAGUACCGAUCGGAAUCACAAACAUUAAAUCAAACAGAACCGCCGAAGUCUAUGGUAGACUGUGAAUCCGAAGAUGAUUUAGGUCGUCGGGACUCUAGUUCGUCUGAAAGCUUUGAAGACGAUCAAGAGCCAGAUGCGCCGGAAUCUUUCCUUGUGGUAAGCGACCAUCCCAGUUUUCCAUCCGUCAUUCUGGAUGUAUCAUGGCCUCGUCAGUCAAGAGCUCUGCAGAAUGCCUCCCGUUUCCUUGGAUCUGUUUUGAGUGAGCCUUCCAGUGAUCAAGGUUCGCAGGAUUCCGGAUUUCAAGAUCAAUCUCGAAGACGUUCGAGAACUAAAGAAGAUUUAUUAGAAGACAACCGCAUUGACCUUAGUGCAAAAAAACGGCGUAGAAACUGCUCAGAGAAUGAAUAACUUGAAAUUUCUUGAAGUGCCAUACACCUGUUAACUUUAACCGACGCCAUAGUGAAUCGUUUUCGUCCUCAUAUUUAAAUAUGGUGACAAUCAACAGUUGCGGUCUUACGCU